AUGAAUUUCAGGUAAGAAUGUAGGUGCUUAUUUGUAGUGCUCAAUUUUGGAGUCAAUUUGGUAUGCUUAUGAAGGAGAAUGGAUUCGAUCGACAUUUUGAAACUCAAGACUUGUAGUUGACUACUCUGUUGGAAGACGAUUUAAUAAUUGGUGAGUUCAGAAAUCAAAAUUAGAAGCUUAUGGAAUAGUAAGAAUUAUGAAUUAUAUGUAGUAUGCAAAAGAAACAAGUGGCUGAGUUAGUCAGUUAUUUAACUGAGAUGCCAGUAGAUGAUUCAAAUUCAAAAAGAGCAUUUAGAUAUCCAUUUUAUUCAUGUGAAUUGUUGGUGUGUUGUGAGAAUCCUAAGAUUCUAGAGUAAUUUUUUGGAGAGGACAAGUAUCACCUUAUACUAUAUGAUUAGAUCUUUGUUGCAUAAAUUAUUUUAAUUUUUUGUUUCAGAUGAGGAGGUGAACCCUGUUUUGGCAGGAUAUGUAUGCAAUGUGUUAUUUAAUCUGUUAAAAAUGCGAACCGAUAUCUUUCUAGCCGAAUUCUAUUAAUAUUAGAAUUUAGCAGAUGGAUUAAUCAAACAAUUAUAAUCUCGUUCAGUUACAGAACUUGUGAUUCGCUUACUAACAAUCGAAUAAGAAACACAAGUCGAUUAUACACCUUAGAGGCUUCACUUAAUCAAAGGAGUAGUUGACAGAAUUGUUGAUUCCUAGAAUUUUGAAGUAAAUCAUUAUAAAAUUACAUUAGGUAUCCACCAAUGUAUCUCACAUCAUCCAAGAAAUCACCUUAAAAGCCUAUGUAAUAUUCAAAGCAUAACCACUCUUUGAAUUCUUAUAUGGAGAAUCGAUAGAUCAAUUCUGUUAAUCAAUUGUUCAUGAAAACAACUUCGUCUCUCUUGCUUCAGGAACUGCUUUGUAUAACCUACUCACAUUGCUUUACAAAAUGGCCACAAGACAAGGAGACCCAGCUGAAAGUGCUAUAUUCUAGGUGAAUCAGCAGGAGCUAUUCAAUAAAAUAGAAUCGCAUCUAGAAAAAUGGUUAGAGUUCUUAUAAAACUCAGAAGCACGUAUUUUUGGGUAACACAAGGUUAAAAUUCUGGAAAUCAUUGGAGUGUGCAUAAGUUUGAAUUAGGAAUCUUUUGUUACUAAGUUAAAUGAAUUGGAUAUCUUCAGAGUUUAUAAUUCAUUAUUUAUCAAAUAUGAAAAGCAUGAUAUUUUACAUCUGCAAUAUUAUAGGUUUUUAGUGCAUAUAAUAGAGUAGAAGUUGGAUAGUUUAGUUUAGAGUGUAAUAAAUCAUGAUAUAAAAUUUAGUUAUUCAAUCAAAAUGAGUUUAUCCAGUUUUUAUUGAAGUGUACUUCAGAAGUCAGCAAUGAUAAGAAUUAGAGAAAGGAGUAUUUGGGAUUCGUAACUAAAUUGGCUCAUUUUUUGGAGGAGUUUUCAUCAAAAUACCCAUUUUUGUAAUCAGAAUUGGAGAAGGAGGGUUGGAAAAAGUUUAAGGAGUAAUAUUUUGAUAAGGCUGAGAAAUUGAAUAAUCAUGAAUUAGGUGGUCAUACACGAGCUGAUAAUAACGAAGAGGUGGAUUUCAAUAAGGAGGACAUCCAAAAUAAAUAUGACGACUUUUUGAAAUCGAAUCAUGAUGAAAAGAUGUAGAAUGAAAGCAAUACUCAGAACAUAUAAAAUAUUUUUGAUGCUUUCAACAUAGGUACUAAUGAUUAAUCGAAUCCAACUGAUGGAUAAUAAUAAUAAUAGUAGGAUUGGUCGAACUUUUCCUGGGGGUAGGAGUAAAGUUAAGGAGAGGGGACAUAGCAAUAGGAUUUCUAGUCAUUUGGAGAGGGAGAGCAAAAGAAGGAUUAGGCGAUGGAAUUUGAACAAUAAACCAAAACAUCAGUAAAGCAUGACUUUGCAUAAGAGGAGAAGGAUGAUGAGUAUGUUCGAUUUUGGCAAUUUUAGGUUCAUGAGCACGAUGUAAAUUUCAUUGAAUUAUAUUAGGCUAAAUUGCACGAUGAUGCUUUGUAUGAGUUUGAGAAAAAUUAUUGA